ACAAAACUCGCGGAAAAUAUAUUGGAGUGUAGAAUGGCCAAUCAUCAAUUGCUUUCUUACCAUUUAACCAACUGAAACAUUUGGUGAGAGCCCCUGAAUUUCUCCAAUCCAGACCACCACUUUGCUAACUACGUACGACACUGCAAUGCCACUUCUUUCAUACAUACCCCAAAAUAUCAAAGGAACAUAUAAAAAGUUAAAAAUAAGGAAACACAUAAUCUUCCUGCCUUGGCUUCAUUCUUAGGCAGCCAAGGCAGUGAAAAAAAACAGUUGUCCACCACGCAAUGGCAUUCCAAGAUUUCGACCAGAUUUCACAACGUAGGAAACUAGAGCGUCAACAAAGGUUGAAAAAGAGGCUCUCAAUCGCCGUCUCUUCCAUCGUCUUUGUCCUGCUCGUGGCCGCUGCUGCUUUCUGCGUUGUCAAGUACAAGAACAAUCAGGACACGGCGGCUCGAAAGGACAGCGACUCUCAGUCUCCUGGGCCCAGUAAGCCAAGCGCAGCCGAAGAGGAGGUGAAAGCGGUGUGCGCCGGCACAGAUUACAAGCAAACCUGUGAAGACAGCAUUCUCAAGGCUGUCGCUAAGAACUCCUCGCCUCAGCCGAAAGAUAUCGUUAAAGCCUCAUUCGCCGUUGCCUCUGAUGAGAUCAACAGAGUGUCGAAGGAGGCCUCAGCUCUCAAAUACAGUGAUAAAUUCAAACAGGCUGCACUUGAGGACUGUUUGGUGCUGCUGAAUGAUGCCGUAGACGAAUUGAACAGGUCUAUUUCGAGCAUUCAGGGGACGGAUAAGGCCGCACUCUCCUCCAAAACGCCUGAUAUAAACAAUUGGCUGAGCGCAGUGUUGUCGUAUGAACAGACGUGCAUUGACGGUUUCCCUGAUGGUGACGAAAAGGCAGCGAUGAAGAAGUUGUUGACGAAUUCUAAGGAACAUGGCAGCAACGCUCUCGCCAUAGUGUCCAAUGUGUUCUCUAUAUUUGCAAAGCUUAAAGGGUCGGGUCCCUCUCAUAGGAAACUCUUGGGAUUGGAUGUAGACGGAUACCCGACGUGGAUGAGUCUGGAAAACCGGAGAAAUCUGGGAGCAGAUCCAUCGAAAUUUACUCCCAACGUUACCGUGGCCAAAGAUGGAAGCGGAAAUUAUACUACCAUUUCUGAAGCAUUGGAUGCCAUGCCUAAGACAUACAAAGGACGAUACGUAAUUUAUGUGAAAGUAGGUGUGUAUGACGAGACUGUUGUAGUUAAAAAGACUAUGGUAAACCUUACAAUAUUUGGUGAUGGAUCCCAGAAGUCCGUCGUCACUGGAAGCAAAAACUAUGUAGAUGGAGCACCAACAUUCCGGACUGCAACUUGCGCCGUUCUGGGUGAGGGAUUCUUCGCCCAAUCUAUUGGAUUCAAAAACACAGCAGGUCCGGAGAAGCUCCAAGCAGUUGCCCUCAGAGUUCAAGCUGACCACGCCAUCUUCGUCAACUGCAGAAUGGAAGGGUACCAGGGCACUCUAUUCGCUCAAGCCCAUAGACAAUUUUACAGAAGCUGUUAUAUCACCGGCACCAUUGACUUCAUCUUUGGAGACGCAGCUGCCGUCUUCCAGAACUGCAUGCUGUACGUGCGGAAGCCAGUUGAUGUCCAACAAAACACUGUCACGGCCCAAGCCAGGCUGGAUAAGAGGCAAACCACCGGUUUCGUGAUUCAGAACAGUCACAUUCUGGCAGAUGACAAACUCGAGCCCGAGAAGGACAAGUUCAAGAGUUUCCUAGGCAGGCCCUCCAAGGAAUACUCCAGGACUAUCAUCAUGGAAACGCAGAUUGGCGACCUGAUACAGCCCGUCGGGUGGCUGGAAUGGAACGGAAACUUCGCCCUGAAUACUCUUUACUAUGCGGAGUUCAACAAUAAAGGCGUGGGGGCUAAUACUGCUGAGAGAGUGAAAUGGCCUGGAUUCAAAGUGAUUGACAAGAAAGAGGCGGUGAACUUCACCGUUGGUCCCUUCUUGCAGGGUGAGAGCUGGCUCAAGAUCCCGAAUGUUCCUGUCCGUUUCGGUUUGUACACGAAAUGAAGUCUUGUUUGUUCACUUAGUUGUGUAUAAGCAUAGAGGGAUAUAAGAUUAGGAGACGGUUUUAGUGUUCUUUUUUUUUUUCAAUAGUGAAGUGCACAUGCGUUGUGCGUGGAUGAUGAAUGCUUAAGUUAUUCUUUCUGAAAAAGUAUUAAUGUUAUUUGUUCAUAGUUGUGAAAACUACGAACAAAUUAAAAAUAA